CUUUGUGCAGAACAGUGGAGGCUCGUUCCUGGGAUGAGUUCGUGUUUCUCCGUGGAUUUAAACGACCCCCCGAGCUGCUCUUGUUUCUCCAGAGCCUUUUGACGGAUCAAUAAAUUAAUAAUUUAUUUAUUUCAAUUUAUUGAUUUACUUAUUGUUGAGAGGAAAGUGUGGACAUGUGCUCGCAGACCAAGGCAGCGGCUCUGAUGGCGAACAUCCCGCGGGCGGACAUCGACCCGUCCGGCGUGUUCAAGUACGUCCUCAUCAGGGUCCACAGCCGAGAGGAGGGGGACGACUCCGAGGUGGACAUCGUCCGAGGGUACGCAUGGGCCGAGUACCACGCUGAUAUCUACGACAAAGUCUCGGAGGAGCUGGAAAAGGGCGGACACCUGGACUGUGAGUGUAUCGGAGGAGGGAGGAUCAGACACGAUCCCCAGGACAAGAAGAUCCACGUGUACGGAUACUCCAUGGGAUUUGGACGAGCGAACCACGCAGUAUCCACGGAGAAACUAGAGGCUCAGUAUCCCGGCUAUGAGGUGACCUGGAGCAAUGAAGGAUACUGAAGUGAGAGCAGCCUCUGGUGGACGCUCUCUCUCCUGGACUGACAGAGCACUGAGCUGACAUAGCACUUAACUGUGACCCCUCGCGAGAAGGAGGAACAGCUCAUUAAAAGAACAUGUGUUUCAUAAGAAGCUUUUUGAAAUGAAUCAUUAAGGAUUUAGUCUGGAUUCCAACGCAGCAAUCACACAUGGGUGCAGAUGAGAAGACCCUGGAGAGGAGGGGAUUGGUUCCCGUCUGUAACAAACUCUGAAGUGGAUCCGACCGCCAUCAAACCCAGCUACCGGGUUAGCAUGCCCCACAACAUUGUCAUCAUUAUCCCCCUUGUACCGCUCAGUUGUCUAAAUGCUGCACGUCUUGAAAGACAUUGGAGUAUUUUUCAUAUUACCAAGAUUGUUGUGAUAAAAAUCUGCCAACUCUGCCGUUUCUCUAUGGUUCAUUGCACUGAAAUCUAACAGAUCCAAAACACAGGAUCUUCUUCCUGUGUUUACUUUCUUUCUCCCAUCCCAGACCAAUAAAGAGAGAAUCACACGUUUAAUUUA